ACAGUAGCUUAGUUCUCAUGUUGUCAAUCAGUGUCAAGGAAUAAAAUUCCAUCGUCUGAAAUCGUUUCAAAACCUAAAACGACACUAACGACUGCUGCGUUUUGUUACUUGCAAAUGGUGAAUUCAAUUUCAAGUUAUUCGAAGAAAUAUUUGGAGUAAGCUCAGCUUUUCACUAAAUUAUGGAGAAAGCUAAAGUUAACGUUCUUCUUGUCUGGUUUUUGGCUGGUUAUGCUUGUUGCGUGAUUGGAACAGCGCCUUUGAGGUUACUGCAUAAAACAGCGCAUCCACCGUCAUCAGUGCAAGGUAUUUUACAAAUCUAUCACAAUGGUCAAUGGGGAACAAUAUGUGAUGAUGACUGGGACAUGCUUGAUACAAAAGUAGCUUGCAAACAACUUGGCUACGAGAGCGCAGUGGCUUCUAAGUUCUUAGGACAAGGGCCUGAUCCAAUUUGGCUCGAAAACCUAGGUUGUAUUGGUAAUGAAUUAUCACUAGAUCAGUGCACACACAGCGGAUGGGGCUCUCAUAACUGUGGACAUGACGAGGACGUUGGUAUUGUUUGUACAGGUCGGUCAUUGAGGUUGUUGCGUAAAACUUUCUCUCCGUCAUUAGUCCAAGGUAUUUUACAGAUUUAUCACAAUGGUCAAUGGGGAACAAUAUGUGAUGACUCCUGGCGCAUGCCUGAAACAAAGAUAGCAUGCAAACAGCUUGGCUACGACGCGGUGUCUUUCAAGCAUUUAGGACGAGGACCUGACCCAAUUUGGCUUGAUGAAGUAGAUUGCAACGGUAAUGAAUCAUUACUAGAACAGUGUCAUCACCGAGGAUGGGGUUCUCAUGACUGCAGUCACAGUGAGGAUGUUGGCAUCGUGUGUAAUACAGGAAAAGCUCCAUUGAGGUUGCUGCAUAAAACAUUCUCUUCAACAUCGGUUCAAGGACUUUUGCAGAUAUAUUACAAUGGUCAAUGGGGGACAAUAUGCGAUGACGGCUGGGACAUGACAAAUGCAAACGUAGCGUGCAAACAACUUGGCUACAACAAUUCAUUAAUGUUUAAGCACUUAGGUCAAGGAACUGGUCCAAUCUGGCUUGAUAACGUAAAUUGCAGUGGUAAUGAAUUGUCACUAAAUCAGUGCCAUCACCAAGGAUGGGGUAGUCACAACUGCAGGCACAGGGAGGAUGUUGGUAUUGUUUGUAAUAGUAGAGGAACAGCGCCAAUAAGGAUGCUUCGCAAAACUUUCUCUCCGUCUUUAGUCCAAGGUAUUUUGCAGAUUAAAUACAAUGGUCAAUGGGGAACAAUAUGUAAUGAUACCUGGAACAUGUCUGAAACAAAGGUAGCUUGUGCUCAGCUUGGCUACGACAGUGCAGUGGCUUUCAAGCACUUGGGACAAGGACCUGAUCCAAUUUGGCUUGAGAAAGUAACUUGCAAUGGUAAUGAAUCAUCACUGGAACAGUGUCAUCACCGAGGAUGGGGUUCUUAUAGCUGCAUUCACACCAACGAUGUUGGUAUCGUGUGCAAUACUGGAAGACAGUCACCAUUGAGGUUGUUGAGUAUAGCAACCUCUCCGUCAUUAGCUCAAGGUAUUUUGCAGAUUUUUUACAAUCGUCAAUGGGGAACAAUAUGUGAUGACGGCUGGAACAUGACUAAUACAGACGUAGCAUGCAGACAACUUGGCUACGAGAGCGCAGUAGCUUUUAAGAACGUAUUAGGACCUUAUCAAAUUUGGCUUGAUAACGUAAAUUGUAAUGGGAAUGAAUGGUCACUAGAUCAGUGCCGUCACCAAGGAUGGGGCUCUCAUAACUGUAGACAUGACGAGAGCGUUGGUGUCGUGUGUUAUACAGGUCCUCCUGUGAAAGUUCGACUGAUUGGUGAUGUGUCUAAUGCAGGUCGAGUGCAAUUAUUUUACAAGGGUGUCUGGAAAAACCUCUGCAACACGAAUUGGGGGAUAUCUUCCGCCAAUGUCAUAUGUAAAAUGGCGGGGUAUCCCGAUGGAUCUGCUGUAAAAUUCUCUCGCUACAAUGACUCUGGUGAUGUAUGGCUUUCCAGCUAUCGCUGUUAUGGCUAUGAACAGUCUAUUGAGUCAUGCAGGGACCUUAACUGGGGGCAGGCGAAUUGUUCGAAUAACAGUCUAGCUGGAGUUGUUUGUAAAUCAGGAUCCCCGAAUGUUACUUUUCGCCUUGUUAAUGGAACAGUUCCUCAUGCAGGACAACUGGAAAUGCGUUACUAUGGAUCAUGGAAACCGUUAUUUUUGAGUACUUAUUAUGCUUUGCCUGUACUGGGGUUAAGAGAUGUCCAUGUAAUAUGUCGUAUGAUGGGAUUCAAUCAGGCUAUUACAUUCAACCAGUUACAAACAAAUUUAAACCACUAUAAAGCACGCAUUCGUUGUCGAGGCUUUGAGAACACAACAGAACAAUGUCUAAACUUUAAUGUGCAUGAUUAUGGGAAUUGGGUCCGGGCAAGUACCUGGAUAGUUUGCAAACCACAUGCAGGAUCUCGAUUUACUGUUCGUUUGAUGGACGGGAGCUCUUUAAACGAUGGCCGUGUUGAGAUUGGGUAUUCUGGAGUCUGGGGCACGGUUAGUGACAGGUAUAGCCGCUGGGAUUUGACAGACGCUACCGUAGUUUGUCGUAUGUUGGGGUACCGCAAUGCAUCGUGGACUGGAAGAGCCAGGGUGUUAGGGAAUGGUUUUGUAAUGAGAGUGCAUAAACACUGUAAAGGCAGCGAAAGAUCACUCGAGAACUGUGAAUAUUAUACCACCAAACAGUCAUUCGACUAUCAUUCUUAUGACGUUGGGCUGCGGUGCUCUAGUGGGCAAGAUCACAAGACAUUACAGAUAAGCUUAGAAAAGGGCGGCAAAUCUCUCUAUUCUGGUCGUGUUAAAUUUCGCUAUAGUAAUUCAUGGAGCUUUCUGUGCUACGAGGGACUAGACUACUACGAUGUAAAAGUAAUAUGUCGGAUGCUUGGAUAUGUAAAUGUCAAUCAUGUUUACGCCAUAUGGACACCAAGCUCUCCCGAUGGUAGAGUCUGGCUUAGUAAUGUUGAGUGCAAUGGCAGCGAGUCCUCUAUAUUGAAUUGUACUUGCAAAGGAUGGUGGCAGACGACGUGUGAUUAUGAUGCUGUAGUUACAUGCAAGACGGAGAAAACUACUGUCGAUAUCCGUUUAGAAGGCGAUAGCGCACCUCAUUCUGGUCGAGUUGGUGUUCGCUAUAAUAACAUAUGGGGUACUCUCUGUAACAAAGAACUGGACAUGAAUGAUGCUAUAGUUAUCUGCCGCAUGCUUGGUUAUGAUGGAGUACUUCACAUCUUCACCGUUCCUGGAAAUGGUACUAUUUGGCUUAGUAAUCUUAAUUGCAACGGAGCAGAAGAUUCCAUUGUUGAUUGUAGACAUUCAGGGUGGUGGCAGACAAGCAAUUGUAGUCAUGAUCAGGAUACUGCAGUCACGUGCAAGAUAGCUGAUGCCCCUAAUUUCCAAAUCGACGCAAACCAAGGCAUCACAGAUAGCACAGUGAUUGUGGAACUAUUCCAAACAAAAAAGCCAUUUGAUCCACGUCUGAAAAGCUCGUAUCAAUUUGUAAUAGAAAAGGGUACAGAAGUACAAACUCCUAUCACUUCAUAUAGCAAUGCUUGCUUUGAGAAAUGUUCUACCACAACCACGAAUGAGUUUAGUGAUCCUUACAUCACUGCAGAACUUCCAUUGAAGCCAAUUGGUGAUAGCAGCUUUACUAUUGGUGAUGGUUUCUUUCACCAUGGUUACCAUAAUGCCCCAUUAGAACCCGGAUGUAUGUACAGGCUGCAAGUGAGGAUUGUUACUAUGGCAAUGAAUGGGGAAAAGAUCUUUGGAAAAUCGAGUUUUGCGAAGUUUACAACGAAGCCCACACUUGAUAUUUCAGCUCAUCCACCAAAAUUUCUGAUAAGAAGCAGUAGUUUCAUAUAUCAGACAUCAGCAGUGAUCACCUUUAUCGGCGAAAAUAAUAAACCCAAAGAGAAUCGUUGGUAUCAAGUUGCAGUCGAAAAGGCAGAUAAAGAUAUGGAGAUUUUCAAAUCUCAAGAUGUAGGAAUAAAUUUAUCUUCUGUUGUUGCUAUGAUACCAACCAGCAUGUCAGAUUUCACCAUCGGUGACGGUGCACAUGGCUAUAAUAACGCACCAUUAGAACCCGGAUGUAAUUACAAAGUUUAUGCAAGAGUAAUCGCUUUGACAUCGAAUAAGACAACAGUUAUCAGCGAUACAGCAUUUGUAUCUUUUACAACGAAAUCUGGUAGAGUGCACGCCGACGCACAAGAUUCUUCAGGAACAUCUUGUAAGAAUUACGCCAAAGACCCAUUGUUGGUGAUUGGCUUAUUUGUUGCUAUGGGGAUUGCGAUCMUUGCAUUGAUUGGCUGCAUUGUAUAUAUUGUGAUGACAAAGAAGUGGGAGAAGAUAGGGGAAGACAAUAUUAAUCCACAGAUCGAAAUUUCAGAUUUAGCAAGUGUAUGUGUCAAUGAAGGAGAAACCAGUGACGAUCAGCAAUACCAGGAGCUGAAUCUUCCACCGCAGCACGAUGCAUUGAGAUCGCCUGGUCAUAGUUCUCAAGACAUCUAUCAGUCCCUCAGCCCUCACACAAGAUCGCAGGGAAAUAGAGGUUUUGAUGAAGAACAACCAUCAAGGACUCGCCAUAUUUCAAAUCUCACUCGAACGGAGAGAUCUAAUCUGUAUCAAAUGGAGGAACCGGUAUAUGACAAUGUCAAUGUCUGAAUAUCUAAUUCAUAAUGAUGAAAAAUGCUCACAAAGUCAUGACGUAGUAGGAAAACAGCAGCAAUUCUUUCCAAAUCAGCUGAAAGCGCUAUCGCUUCGCAGCGGUGGAGGAAAAUACCUCUGUUCAUAGACAAUAUAAUGUGGCAUAGCGUAGAAAAGGGCAGAGAGAAUUGAAGUGUGCUAACUACAACAAGAACAUAUUGAUAACCUGAGAGAUUCAGUAGCUAGGAAAUCCAAUAUUCAUAGCUAUCUAUCAUUAUUAGAUAAACAAAGUCUUUAAAACAUAAAGAUGUACUCAUUAAGAGGUUUCCGUUGUGUUGUCCUAUAAGUCAGUGAAACAAGAAGUGGUGCAGGUAAGGGGUUGGACAUUCAAACAAAUGAGCUCGCAAGACAGCAGUAUAACUGUAGAAAGCCUGUGUAAUUUGAAUAAAUAAAAGAAUUCUAACUUUUAAUGACACCGGUAUCACUUGGGUGGACCAGGACCAUCAGCAAGGGUGGUGUUAUACAGACCAGUUGUAGGUACAGGUUAGGGAGGUGUAGACAAGCCGGAUGAAUAAAACAGUAUGUGCAAGCUUAGCUUCAAUCAAGCAUAAAUUUUUAUCAUCUUCUUUAUUUCUCUAAGGAUUUUAGUCAUGUGACUGAAAAUGGUUGCCUUGCAUAUUUUCUUUCUUUGUUAUGUUUUUUAUUUUCGCGUAUGAUUUUUUUGUUAUUGUUGUUGAUGUUGUUGUGACGAGAGGCCUUCUGGGAAGGCUCUCGUCAUAAUGUCAUCGUGCAGGUAAAUAAGAGUGUAACCACUCCACUUCUACCAGGCGUUCCUGGUGGUAACUUAAACAUGUGGUCGUAGUCAAGGAGAUCUUUUACGAUCGAAGUAAUUUCGGGUUUAUCGAUUUAUACGAGACUAUACGAAGUUAUCUACGAAAUCCUGACGUCUGAAAUAAUAACUGAAAAUACGAUCAAGAAACGAUUUGUCCUGACCUUGUGCGUUCUCAGUCUCUUCGAUCGUUGAUGUGUUUGUGCUUUCGAAGCUGAGUUGUUCUUUCUAUUACGGUAUAAUGUAUUUAAACUCUGUUGUGUCUAGACCUAGGCACAACUUUCUUUGCAUUUACAGUCAAGUGUGUAUUUCUAAAGAAUAUUUUAGAUUUUGUAGUGGUUUACGGGGAUUGUUUGACAACAAAAGUCCGAUUGCUUCGCUUGGCUUGUUACAGACCAGUCCCGAACGCAUGAUUACUGUCAUUACUAGAUUACACAUCAAAAUGAUUUGACCUAUGUUAGCUUAUGUUGUUGCAGUCUAUUUUGACUCAUGAUGUUAAUAUUAUAUGAAAAUCCGACUGUUCAUAGACACGAACUUUUAUGUAAUAAGACUAAUAAUGACAAUGUUACACUAGUUUUGUGAAUAACAUUCACUUUUAUUGUUCAAAUUGCAGUUUAUACAUAAACAAGCAAAAAUCUUC